AUGACAGCUACGCAAGCCUCGCAAAUCGCUCCUCUUGUGUCCCAGCAAUAUGAUAAGGCCAUUCGUGAAGGCGAUGCCUUUUUUUAUGAUUCGGAUGUCCAUGUCAUUGAGCCACGUGUGGGGAAAGACGAAGAGAGCAUCAAGACGGUGCCAUGGCACGUCCGUAAUGUGCCUGCUCUCUUGAAGAAACGGCAAGCGAAGAGUGAGGAAACUAAAGAGAAGGAAAGCAAGCCGCAGCAGAAUUCGUCCGAUGUCUUUGCUCCGCCGUACGUACCCAACUUGCUGGUGAAGGAGGGGCCCGACUUCACAGUCUUGCUCAAUAAAUUUUGUGUGCAGCCACGCCAUUUCCUUAUUGUGACGCGAGACUUUUCCAAGCAAGAGCUUCCACCAUCUCCAACCAUGCUGUCGACCGUCUACCGAAUUAUCCAGGCCCACACCCCCGCCGCAGAUCAAGAAGAGUUGCUUGGCUUUUACAACUGUGGGCCAAACAGUGGCGCAUCGCAGCCGCACUGCCACUUUCAAUUGCUGCCGUUAACGCCGUCCGAUGGCGUUUCGCAUACCGUACCCAUUGAAGCGCUUCUUGAUCGGAUUGAACGUGACGGCAAAGAAUUUGAACAUAUCCAUGCCCUACCGGUGCCUUGGCGCCACUUUGUCGCCCUUUUACAGCCACCGGAAAAGGAGGAGGAUUUCGAGGCAUACCUCGGCAUGCGGUUUUCUCAGCUUCUCGAAGCCAUGUUUGCUAGCGCCCUCGACAACAACGACGAAAAGACAGCAAAGCAAGGCAUGCCGAGUUUCAAUAUUCUUAUGACCAAGCGUUCCCUCCAUGUCAUUCCGCGCCGUCAUGAGUCAUUUGAUAUGCGAGAGGCUGGCUGGGAUGCUUACAGCGACGCAGACGCCGUGCCAGAAAAAACAGGUACAUUGAGUAUCAAUGCGUUGGGAUAUGCUGGUAUGCUUCUGACUUGUCACCCUGUCGAGUUGGAAACCUUAUGCAAGGAAGACCAGCGUCGUAUCUCGCAGGUGUUAACACACACGGGCGUGCCUUUUUAA